GGGGAGUGAAUUGUUUUGGAAGAAAUCUGGAACCUAUAAACUUGGACAACUUCUACAACGGAAAAACGGCUGAAUAUCCCAAUUUGAUUGGUCAACCCACGUGCCUUUGUCACCGCCUCAUCCUUUACCCUUACCAAUCACCAAACGCAUUCUCUUCCUGUUAUGCUUGGCCUAGCUGUGCCUUAGAACUCAGCUGGACCAAUCUGUGGAACAGAUGGGUGGUAACUUACAAGCUCCAUCCUCUUUCUUCUUUAAAAAGCCAGAUGCAGGUUGGCUGUUGUCUUACACUGAGCUAGGAUACCAGACGCCACUGCCGUUCUGAAUGCAGCCAACCGUUAGUAGUGUUAGACUGUUGAUCAUGUCUAGGUGUAGGUAAUUUAUUAUUUUUCCAUAUGCUUUGCUAGCAGUCCUGGCAGAUAAUUUCUCGUAUUUCUAUAUAGGUGGCUUGCCGAAGAAGACAGAAACAAAAGGAGGCAGCCCAUUUGAGGGCCUGUGAGAGGGAAUAGAGGAGUGGACAGAGACAGUGUAGGUGUAGAAACAGAGUUUGGUAGAUAGAGGCUGCCAUGAGAGAGGAUUCUUCUAGCUGUGGUGAAUACCCUGAGGGAGCGCUAGUUUCCAGCGAGGAGGAGCCAGACUCCUGCGCUCCAAACAAAUGCCCUGUGGUGGUAAUAACACCAGGGCCUGGUGGGCGCAAGAGGGUCACCAGGAAAGACAACAUUUCAUCGCCAACAGAGGACAGCAAGUCAACAACAGGAGGGCCUCCCAGUCUGAUCCCAUCUGGACCCAAGAGGCCUAAGAAGAGCCCCCAGGCCUCCCUGUCUCCUCUCCCCAUCCCAGGCCAGGCCUUGGAGGACCCUCAACACCAGCGGGUUAUUGCCAAUGUACGGGAGCGCCAACGGACGCAAUCCCUAAACGACGCAUUCGCCUCGCUGCGUAAGAUCAUCCCCACCCUGCCCUCGGACAAGCUGAGCAAGAUCCAGAUCCUGAAGCUGGCCUCGCGCUACAUUGACUUUCUAUACCAGGUCCUGCAGAGCGAUGAGAUGGACGCCAAGCUGGCCAGCUGUAACUACCUGGCUCACGAGAGACUCAGCUAUGCAUUCUCAGUGUGGAGAAUGGAGGGGGCCUGGUCCAUGUCCGCUACCCACUAGCCCUGCCACUUAGCUCCCCAACACCCUUCCUCCUCCUCACCCUUCCCCAGCUUGUGCCCUUCCGGCCCCCAUCUCCCAUGACCCCUGACCCCUGCUCCCUGACCCUCAUCCUUACAUCAUGUAACUCCUCUGCCGUUCUACAUCAGCAUCUAACCACAGCCACCAACUGAGAAGCAUUUAACUGUUGGUCUGCAAUCCCUUUGUUUACUGGUUUGGAUUCACACCUUUGGACCAACACAAUCCCAUAUAUGAGCCCUCACUCUGAAAAGGUACUAUAGAGACCAGCUUCCUUUGGCUGACACAGAAUCGCAGAAAAUCUGGGACAAUGAUUCUGAGCUUUUAGCAGUCCUGGAAAAGGAACACAAAUAUUUUUUUAUGACUGGGAAAUUCUGACUUGAAAAAUGUUUUGUACACUAAUGUAACAUGCAAAUAUUAACUGGAAUGCUACUAUUGUAGUGCAAGUACUUGUAGCCACAAAGAACAAUAUUUGUAAACCAAUGGAAAAUGCCUUAUUCCUUAUGGAAUCAAUUGCUGUAAAGCGUGUAUUUGUUUGGAAAUUGUAGAUAUGUAUAAAAUGUAAUUUGUUAUUGUCUUUGUCUUGAUAAUAAAAUUACAAUUUCAGAAUCAUGACGUAUUUUUCUCAGUCACAUCUUAUUACCAGUUUCCCCCUUAAACAUAUUGACAGUACUGCGACUAUACCAAAAUCAGUAUCCAAAAUGUAUUCCCAAACUUCUGGAAAUGAACAACACACACAUUUCUAAACAUUAAAUACAUGUGAAAUAUAUCGAUUAAUAUCCUCCUUUGUGUUUGUGUGUGAAUAAAAAUGUCUUUCAAGGGCUCUACCCUGUGAGCCUAAUUAGUGCUGUAACUGAGACUUCCUUAAUAAGGCCCAAGUGUCUGCUCAAGCAGCCCAGGGUAUAAUUGCACAUAAAGCUGUUGUUUUUUUGGGGGAAAUAAGGCCUCU